UUAAAAAAAAAAAAACUCUUUUAUCUUCCAAGUUCCAACCUGGGUUGAAAAAUCCGAAGCCAUGGAUGUGAGGGCCUCCACUUCGCCGUUCAGCCCAAAUAUCGCUGACACCCUCAGUGAUGUUAACAUUUUCACCGCCGCUGGUGACUCCGUCUUCUUCAAGGACCUCUGGGAUCAGAACCAGGGAAUAGCUGUUGUUGCACUUUUGAGGCACUUUGGAUGCCCUUGCAGUUGGGAACUUGCUUCUGCUCUGAAAGAAGCGAAACCAAAAUUCGACGCAGCUGGUGUCAAAUUGGUGGCAAUUGGCGUUGGCACUCCUAACAAAGCUCGGAUUCUUGCAGAUCGGAUUCCUAGUAAGUACGUCCAGAUGAAGCCGAGUGUUCAUCUGUGUCACCGUGAAAAGGGUAAGAUAGUUUUCUUAAGUAAUAUAGGCUUUGAUGGGCCUCCAACGGUUUAUACAGCUGAUCUUGUAACCGUCCGUGGCAUUAUUGAUUGCAUUGAAUGGCUUCCUUACCUUCUUCGGUGA